AUGCGCGCCUUCAAGUCCUGCGUCUGGCUGCUCUCAGCCAUUGGCGCUGCUGCGUCCAGCAGCUGUAACCCAACUGCCGGCGUUGAGUCUCUUGUCAAGCGCCGUCUCCCACAACAUGUAAACUCGUUUGAGUUUGUCUUGGAGCCUACACAAGGCUCUGGCCUUACCAAUGAUAGCUAUACCGUCUCCUCGACAAAAGAUGGAAAGGUUCGAAUUGAGGGUACAACGACCAGUGCUCUGAUCUCUGGCCUUCACAAAUAUCUGUCGAGCGAGGCUAAUGUUGACAUCUGGUGGUACUUGGGGAGCCAGUUGGAUCAAGCUCCGAAAAAUCUUCCCAAGCUCAAAUCUCCCUUGAAGGGUUCUAGUGUCGUUCCUUACCGCUACCACUGGAACACUGUCACAACCUCUUAUACCAGCGCCUUCUGGUCAUGGGAGGACUGGGAGACGCAGCUGGACUGGAUGGCCCUUCGUGGUGUCAAUUUGGCCCUUGCUUGGAUCGGUGUUGAGAAAAUCUUCAUCGAUGUCUUUACUGAAAUUGGCUUGAAUGAUGCGGAAAUCGACUCUUUCAUCAGUGGACCUGCUUUCCUGGCAUGGAAUCACUUUGGCAAUAUUCAAGGUUCGUGGGGCGGAUCUAUGCCUCGAUCUUGGGUCGACAGCCAGUUCGAUCUCCAGCUCAAGAUCUUGGAUCGUAUGGAGGAGCUCGGCAUCACCCCCAUCCUGCCAGCCUUCCCAGGAUUCGUCCCCCGCAACAUCUCUCGCGUGUUCCCGGACAUUUCUUUGUCAACGAGCCCUAUCUGGUCAAACUUUGGUACGGAAUUGAGCGCCGACAUCUACAUCAACCCAUUUGACCCGCGCUUUGCUCAGUUGCAAAAGCUCUUCAUCAGCAAGCAGCAAGAGCUAUAUGGAAAUGUCACAAAUUUCUGGACUCUAGAUCAGUUCAAUGAAAACCAGCCGCUGUCUGGUGAUCUAGGAUACCUUCAAAACGUCAGCCACAACACCUGGAGUGCCCUCAAGGCUGCCGACCCCGAGGCCGUCUGGGUUAUGCAAGCCUGGCUGUUCUCGAGCGACAGCGCCUUCUGGACAAACGACCGUAUUGAGUCUUUCUUGGGUGGUAUUCCUGUAAACUCAGAUAUGUUGCUCCUCGAUCUGUUUGCCGAAUCCGCUCCUCAGUGGCUCCGGACCAACUCUUUCUAUGGCAAGCCUUGGAUCUGGUGCGAGCUUCACGAUUAUGGUGGCAACAUGGGCUUGUAUGGCCAGAUCGAGAAUGUCACCAUCAACUCAAUGGAUGCGGUGCGCAACUCGGGUUCCCUCGUUGGGUUCGGUUUGACAAUGGAAGGCCAAGAAGGCAACGAAAUCAUGUAUGACCUGUUGUUGGACCAGGCUUGGAGUCCUAAGCCUAUCGACACCGAGACGUAUUUCCAUGACUGGGUGUCGACCAGAUACGGCACCAAGAAUGUGAAGAGCCUGUACACUGGAUGGGAGCUUCUGAGGCCCACCGUGUUCAAUAACACCAAUUUGACGAUGAAUGCCGUGCAAAAGUCGAUUUUGGAGCUGGUUCCCAGCACCACCGGUCUCUUGGGUCGUGUCGGCCACCAUGGAACCACCAUCACCUACAACCCAGCGGUCAUGGUUGAGGCUUGGACCGAGCUCUUCAAAGCCGGGCUGCAGGAUAUCAAACUAUUUACCAACCCGGCGUACCAGUACGAUCUUGUUGACUGGACUCGCCAGGUUCUCGUCAAUAGCUUUGAAGGCCUCUAUAAGGAUCUCGUCGCGGCAUACAACAGCGCCGCAAGCUCCAGCGUUAUCAAGUCUCGGGGUGCCAAGCUCAUUGCUCUUUUGAGGACUCUCGAUGCUGUGCUCGCUACCAACGAGCACUUCCAACUCACCCCCUGGAUCAACGAGGCUCGUGCAAGUAGCCCAUCGACAGCCGACUUCCUUGAGUACAACGCCCGCAAUCAAAUCACUUUGUGGGGUCCUCAAGGCAAUAUCGAAGACUACGCCUCGAAGCAGUGGGCUGGGUUGGUUGGCACUUACUACGUCGAAAGAUGGCAGCAGUUUAUCGACUACCUUGCAACUACCAAGCCCUCAAACUACAACCAGACCGCCUUUCACCAGAAGCUGCUGGCAUGGGAGACGCAAUGGGGACAGCAGAAAUCUACCAAAAAGACUGCAAGCACGGGAUCUACCGAUAUUCGGUCCGUUCUGGACACAACCAUCAAGACGUGGGGCAGCCUUUUCAAGCUUUAG